ACUAUAGAAAUGGCUCAGUCAGGCAAUCUCAGGAUAAUAGAUAACGAUGGUACAAUUGUGAAACCACAACCAACCCGUGCUGAGUCUGAAAAAUUAUUAAGAAAGUUUAAUGAAGAUGACUCAAAAAAGCUACUUGGCAUUUUUAAUGAAGAAUUAAACGAUGAAGAAAAGGAUUGGACUGUUAAAGUACAAGAGAAAGGACCAAUUGUAGAUAUUUAUUGUAAAUCUGUCAGUGAAAGAAGAUGUCAAAAUGAUGUUGAUCAUCUGCAGGAACUCUUACAAAACCUGGAAAAUGAUGUUAUAGAUUGUCAGCGUCAAACAAAAUCCAGGGAAGAAAUAUUGAAAAUUCUGAAUAAGGAGGUAAGAGUGGUUUGUAUUCCUUCUAGAAGUAAGGGAGAUAUCAUCAGAAUUUAUGCUAAAAACCAAGGUGAUCUUGACAAAGCUAGAACAAAAUUGAUGGUUUCCUCGGAAAGAAAUGAUCAAAAGCCAAACAGCAGAGCAAAUCGACACUUUAAUUCUAGCAUUACUGAACGUGAUUACCCAGAUGCUGGUGCAGGAAUAGCACAAGGAGGUAGAACUGCCUCCCCAGAAGACAUUAAGAAAACUUUUCAAACCAGCAAUGGACUCACCGUAAAAAUCUACAAGGGAGCUAUUACAAAGCUCAAUGUGGACUCUGUAGUGAAUGCUGCCAACGAACGACUGGCAAAUGGAGCAGGUGUUGCAGGGGCAUUGUCAAAAGCAGGUGGGUGGGACUUUGACCAAGAUUGUAUGAGAACUAUCAGGAAAAAUGGUUUGAUUCCUGUCACAAAGAAUGUAGUAACAAAAGCAGGAAGCAUGGAUUAUAAGGGAGUGGUGCAUGCUGUUGGUCCACAGUGGUACAACUUUAAUGAUAAGGUGGAAUGUGUGGAGAAAGUCCGGGACACUGUCAUAGAAAUACUGAAAACCUCGGUUGAGUUUGGAUUCCGAAGUGUCGCCAUGCCUCCCAUAAGCUCAGGUCUGUUUGGUGUACCCACUGACCUAUGUGCUGCCAUGUAUGUCCAGGGAAUUGUUGACUUCUCAAAAACUACUGACAGCCUCAAGAGACUCAAAGAGUUUCACAUCAUUGACAUCAAGGAUGAUAUUCUAGACAUGGUGAUUGAUUGCUAUGAAAAGUGGAGAAAGAACCCCAGUGCAUUAGCUCCGGAUGUGUUGGUUUCUCGACACCCAAAGGUUGACAAAGGCAAGAACUACAGCCAAAGUUGGGAUGACAAAACAGAUAGGAAUAGUAGACAGGGUCGUUGGCAUAGUCAAAGUCAUAACCAAGGUCGUCGUGAUAAUCAGUCUGAAGACAAAAUGGACUGGAAUAGUAAACAAGGUCGACAUGGUAAUCAGGAUCGGUCUGAAGACAAAAUGGACUGGAACAGUAAACAAGGUCGACAUGGUAAUCAGGAUCGGUCUGAAGACAAAAUGGACUGGAAUAGUAAACAAGGUCGACAUGGUCAAGGUCAAAAACAAAUUUAUGGUGAUGGUCAAGGUUACACUCACAGUCAUGGUGGUGGUCAACGUAACACUCAAGGUCAGAAUCAGCAAGGCAGAGGAAGACCACACAACUACAAAUCUUGUGUAUUUGAAGAGAGAACAAAAUCUUUUAUUUUCAGAGGACAGUUGAAGGUUUUCUUUCAUUGUACAGAUAUUGUUACCUUGAAUGUUGAUGCCAUUGUGGCAACAGAUGGUAAGGAGCAUAAGGGAACAAUUUCUCAGGCUAUAGAGAAAGCUAAUGGUUCAACGUAUUGGGCACAGUUCAAAGAUUGGCUCACGAUAAAGAAAGAAGGAGAUGUUAUUUUAGCAAAACCGAACAAAAUGAAACAUUUGCGAUGCAUAUAUCACAUUAUCAUGGGGCGCUUCUCACCCUCCAUUCCUCCAUCACAAGAAAAACUUCAUCUUUUGAAAAAUGUUGUAUUAAAAGUCUUGGAACAAGCCAACAAUUUACCAACAAAGGAAAAGAAGGCCAACAAGAAGGCCAAGGAGUCGCAAGCACUGAAGAAGAUGGCCAUGUCCAUUCCUGGUGCAGGAUCCCUGGAAACCACCCUUUACAUUGAGAGAUGUUCUGAGGUCAUGUUUAGUGCCAUUGAUGAGUUCACAUGGAGGAAUAAACAGAUCCGUUUGAUGGAAGUUCAUCUGGUCGACAUGAGAGAAGAGGUUGUCAAUGUGUUAAGGCAAACGUUUCACAAACAGAUGAACAAGUCAAUGGAAAAGAGACCCCUGCCUCCAUCACCUCACCCUGUAAACAACCCUUCAUUUACUGCUUCUGGUCGCUAUGAUUCCAUCGCUGAUACCAGGUCAAAGAAAACAAACUCUCAGGGCAAGUUUCAGCCAGAACGAUAUCGUAAACUGGAGGAAUGGAAGAGCAGCAGAUAUAGCUCCUCCAGGACAUUAGAUAUUGAUGAGUUUGUGAACAGAGUGCCAAAACAGAAAGGCAACAUGAUGAUACUGGGUGGUGACUCCAGUACAUAUAGAGGUGCUUCCAAGGGUGCCACAGGUGGGGAUGAGGACGAAGAUAGUUGUGUUAUAUGUAUGGACACUUUUGAUGAUCCGGUGAAACUGAAGAGAUGUGGUCAUAUGUUCUGCAAGGAUUGCAUUUCUGAAUCAUUCCAACAGAAGCCAGUGUGUCCUGUAUGUGCCACUGUGUAUACAGUUGUACAGGGUGAUCAACCAGUUCAUGGGACCGCCAUUGUCUACACUGAUGACAAACCUCUGCCUGGAUAUGGACAAAGUAGAACAUUUAUUAUCAACUACAUUUUUCCAGACGGCACACAAGAUGAUGAACAUCCUUAUCCUGGAGAGAGCUACAGGGGCCUCAAUCGACAGGCAUACCUUCCAGACAACUCACAGGGGCACAAGGUUCUCAAGAUGCUCAAAGAAGCCUUUGAACAAAGACUGACUUUCACCAUAGGUCAGUCACGUACAACUGGAGAAGAUAAUGUAGUUACCUGGAAUGACAUCCACCACAAGACACAUCGGGAUGGUGGCCCAGAAAGGUACGGCUACCCAGACAGCGACUACCUUCACCGUGUUACUGAUGAACUGAACGCCAAAGGAAUAGGCUUGUAGUUCAAUAGAAGCCUCACCAAAUCAUCUCCUACUAUAUACAUCAUACAUUCAACUGUAAACAUUUCAAUACCCUAGGUAUACAGUAUAAUCAUAAAAUUACAGUUUCAGUGUUGUUGAAAGCUUAGUUUAGCUUAAUGAAGGCACUUUAUCAUCAUUUCUUAAGGAGCAAUGGUUACGUCUCCAUGCUUGAUUACAUACCGGUUGUGCAUUGAUUAAUUUGUUUUUCCAAUAAUUAUUUUGCAAUAAUAAAAUUAUACCUCUUGGUUGUGGAGGUAAACAUGUAAAUUCUCUCUAUAUAUAUAUAAUACAAAUUGUUGAUUUUAGUAUUAUAUAUAGUUCAUAAAAUGUACAUGUAUAUAUCAUAAUAUAUUUAAUGCUGUCAACCAUGCCUGUGUGAGAUUUCAGUUUGAGCUCUUCAGAAUGAACCUUGUUUCUUUAGUAGAGUAUUAUAUCACAAAAGCAUCCUUAUAUCUGGCUGGAAGUGUCACUUAUCACCUUCCCAUAUAUCUGGCUGGAAGUGUCAAUUAUCACCUUCCCAUAUAUCUGGCUGGAAAUGUCACUUAUAACCUUCCCAUAUAUCUGGCUGAAAGUGUCACUUAACACCUUCCCAUAUAUCUGGCUGAAAGUGUCACUUAUCACCUUUCCAUAUAUCUAGCUGUAAUUGUCACUUAUCACCUUUCCAUAUAUCUAGCUGUAAGUGUCAAUUAUCACCUUCCCAUAUAUCUGACUGAAAGUGUCACUUAUCACCUUUCCAUAUAUCUAGCUGUAAUUGUCACUUAUCACCUUCCCAUAUAUCUAGUUGUAAGUGUCACUUACCACCUUCCCAUAUAUCUGGCUGUAAGUGUCACUUAACACCUUCCCAUAUAUCAGGCGGGAAGUGUACUUAUCACCUCCCAUAUAUCUGACUGUAAGUGUCACUUAUCACCUUCCCAUAUAUCUGGCUGUAAGUGUCACUUAUCACCUCCCAUAUAUCUGGCUGGAAGUGUCACUUAUCACCUUUCCACAUCUGGUUGGAAGUGUCACUUAUCACCUUCCCAUAUAUCUGGCUGUAAGUGUCACUUAUCACCUCCCAUAUAUCUAGCUGGAAGUGUCACUUAUCACCUUCCCAUAUAUCUAGUUGGAAGUGUCACUUAUCACCUUCCCAUAUAUCAAGCGGGAAGUGUCACUUAUCACCUUCCCAUAUAUCUGGUUGGAAGUGUCACUUAUCACCUUCCCAUAUAUCUGGCUGGAAGUGUCACUUAUCACCUUCCCAUAUAUCUGGCUGGAAGUGUCACUUUUCACCUUCCCAUAUAUCUGGCUGGAAGUGUCACUUAUCACCUUCCCAUAUAUCUGGUUGGAAGUGUCACUUAUCACCUUCCCAUAUAUCUGGCUGGAAGUGUCGCUUAUCACCUUCCCAUAUAUCUGGCUGGAAGUGUCGCUUAUCACCUUCCCAUAUAUCUGGCUGGAAGUGUCACUUACCACCUUCCCAUAUAUCUGACUGUAAGUGUCAAUUAUCACCUCCCCAUAUAUCUAGCUGGAAGUGUCACUUAUCACCUUCCCAUAUAUCUGACUGGAAGUGUCACUUAUCACCUUCCCACAUCUGGCUGGAAGUGUCACUUAUCACCUUCCCAUAUAUCUGGCUGGAAGUGUCACUUAUCACAUUCCCAUAUAUCUGGCUGGAAGUGUCACUUAUCACCUUCCCAUAUAUCUGGCUGGAAGUGUCACUUUUCACCUUCCCAUAUAUCUGGCUGGAAGUGUCACUUAUCACCUUCCCAUAUAUCUGGUUGGAAGUGUCACUUAUCACCUUCCCAUAUAUCUGGCUGGAAGUGUCGCUUAUCACCUUCCCAUAUAUCUGGCUGGAAGUGUCGCUUAUCACCUUCCCAUAUAUCUGGCUGGAAGUGUCACUUACCACCUUCCCAUAUAUCUGACUGUAAGUGUCAAUUAUCACCUCCCCAUAUAUCUAGCUGGAAGUGUCACUUAUCACCUUCCCAUAUAUCUGGCUGGAUGUGUCACUUAUCACCUCCCCAUAUAUCUAGCUGGAUGUGUCACUUAACACCUUCCCAUAUAUCUGACUGUAAGUGUCAAUUAUCACCUCCCCAUAUAUCUAGCUGGAUGUGUCACUUAACACCUUCCCAUAUAUCUGACUGUAAGUGUCAAUUAUCACCUUCCCAUAUAUCUGGCUGGAAGUGUCACUUAUCACCUCCCAUAUAUCUGGUUGGAAGUGUCACUUAUCACUUUACUAUUAUCUGACUAGGAAUAUCCUUUGACUUGUUGGCUUAGUUAUACAUUAAUUUGUAGUAAUUAGUAAUUGAUAUAUGAAUAUAAAGUUGGCUGCAUAACAUGUAAGCAGUUCAUAGCUUAUACUAAGCAGCAAUUUUUUGUGUUUGAGGUGCAGCAAAUUGCAACAUUUUUUAAUUGUUAUUUUUGUUUGCAAGAACUAAAAUUUGCACCAUUUUCCCACAAUGUUACAAGUUUGAUUGUUAUCACUAGGUACUUGUUGUAGAUAUAGAUACAUCAGUUAUUGAUAUAUUUAUAUUGAUAUUGAUCACUUGUAUAUAUAAAAUCAUUGCAGUGUGUAAAUCACUUUCUCUAAUACAUACAUGUACAUUUUUUCGCCUUUUAAAUUUUCAUUUGUCUGUCAAUCUCUCACAUUCUUUUACCAAUCUUUGUUUAACUUGGUAUACAUUAUGAUCAUGAUAUGAAGUUUCCUUCAAAGAAUUCCAAUGAAACUAGUUUUGUAAAGGUUAUUGCCAUUGUUUUUUUUUGUUUUUUUUUUUAAGUUUAAAGUUUUCUUUUUUUUUGUUUUGAGAUUUCCUCCUACAUUUUUUGACCGAUUUCUUUAAAAAAAAAUGUAGAUUUGAUAGUUAUGAUAUGUUGUUGUGUCUCCAUGAAAAAAAUUGAUUUGAUGAUUUUUUUUCAAAAGUUAUUGCUCUUUGUUUAUUUUAGUAUUCAUUUUCGUCUGGCAUGGUCCUCCGACAUUUUUCAACCAAUCUCUUUGAAACUUGGAAUACAUUAUGAUCCUGAUAUGAAGCUAUGUCUCCCAGAACAAAUUUUGAUUCAAUUGUUUAUUUCAGUAUUCAAUUGUUUGUCAGGAUAUCUGAUGUUAAUUUGUGUUGUUUUUAAAACAGAAUUAAUUUUAAUUUGUGUUGUUUCUUGAACAGAACUAAUGUUAAUUUGUGUUGUUUUAGAACAGAACUAAUGUUAAUUUGUGUUGUUUUAGAACAGAACUCAUGUUAAUUUGUGUUGUUUAGAACAGAACAAAUGUUAAUUUGUGUUAUUAAAGAAUAGAACUGAUCAUGUUAAUUUGUGUUAUUUAAGAAGAGAAUUAAUGUUAAUUUGUGUUGCUUUAGAGAACAGAACAAAUGUUAAUUUGUGUUGUUUAAGAAUAGAACUGAUGAUUUUGUGUUGUUUAAGAUUUGUCUGUUUUUUUGUUUAACGUCCUAUUAUCAGCCAGGGUCAUUUAAGGACGUGCCAGGUUUUGGAGGUGGAGGAAAGCCGGAGUACCCGUAGAAAAACCACCGACCUACAGUCAGUACCUGUUGUUUAAGAACAGAACUCAUGUAAAUUUGUGCUAUUUAAGAACAGAACUAAUGUUAUUUGGUGUAGUUUUUAUAACAGAUUUAAUGUUAAUUUGUGUUGUUUUCGAACAGAACUCAUCUUGAUUUGUGUUGUUAUAGAACAGAACUAACGUUAAUAAGUGUUGUUUUAGAGCAGAACUCGUGUUAAUUUGUGUUGUUUUAAUUAAUAUUUUCAUUCAUUUGGAGCAUUGAACUGCCUUACUCUGGUCCACCCUCUCCUCCAUGCCUGCAUGGGGUGCCUACAAUUAUGACGUCAUGAUGGGCACACUAGUGCUAUGGAAUUGUCGUUGACAGUCCUUUGAAUCACACUAAGCUGUACCGGUAUAUAUUUUAUAAUAUAACACUGAAAUAAAUCAUUAUUUUUUGUA